CGUUUCGGUUCCGUAGAAACUCUACAUAAGGUGCGAAAAUGCCUACGUGCGCCACGACAUGGUUGAAUUAUUGGCGGAAGAACUCCAUCAUCCAGAAUGCCUAGCGGUUGGGGCUCGUCUGCGCAUGCGCACUUGGUUCCUCCUCAGCUGUGGAGCUAGGUAAACAAACUGCGUGAGGAGAGAGAGAGAGAGCGCGAGCACAAGCAGCGAGGACUUGGCCGGAGUCGGGCUUUCUGGGGGAAUUUUUUUGUUUUGUUUUCUUUUUGUAUAGUUUGUAUUCAUUUUAUACACUUUUUAGUCUUUGGUGAUUUCAUAACUUUUAAAUUUUUUAAUAGCCUGGGUGUUUUCUUUCUUCUUCUUCUUUUUUUUUUAAAUUCGCGCUAGGUCUGCUAACCGACCUGAAGCGGAUAAUAAACAGAGGGCAGAAGAAAGCUCAAUCAGAGUCGGUAUUUUGGGGUUGUUUGAGGCAGUCUAUUUAAUACAGAGGGGUUUUUUAAGUGAUUUUUUUUUUCUUAAAAAAUUGUGCAAUAUAUACAGUGAUAUAUUGCAACACUUUGGAAGCAAUAUCUUUGUCGUUUCGUGCUCUCCUAAACCCAUUUUAACGCUCGACUCCUUAUAAACAACAUGACUGCGGUGCUGAACAUCCAGAGGUUACUGGAAGCUGCUGAGUAUUUAGAGAGAAGAGAAAGAGAGUGCGAGCAUGGCUACGCCUCGACGUUUCCGUCUAUUCAGAGCUCCAACAACUACCAGAGACAAAGAAAAUUCCGGAAUAAGAAGCACAGCAGCAAUCACAACAGGUCAACACACAACGAGUUGGAGAAGAACCGACGAGCCCACCUGCGUCUUUGUCUGGAGCGAUUGAAGGCACUCAUCCCGCUGGGACCCGACUGCAACCGUCACACUACGCUGGGCCUGCUUAACAAAGCCAAAGCACAUAUAAAGAAGCUGGAGGAGGCUGACCGGAAGUCUCGGUACCAGCUAGAGAAUUUGGCGCGGAAGCAGCGACACCUCCAGAGGCAGCUGGACUCCCUUCGGGGGACGUGUAAGACUGAGAGGGUGCGCACAGACAGCGUGGGCUCCACCCCCUGCUCCGACCACUCCGAACGCUCCGACUCAGACCAAGAAGAGAUCGAGGUGGACGUCGAGAGCACCGAGUUCUCCCAUGGAGAGCUGGAUAGCGUGAGCACGGCCAGCACCAGCGACCUGGAUGACCACAGUAGCCUGCAGAGCCUGGCCAGCGACGAGGGCUACUCCUCCUGCAGCGUCAAGCUAGCCUUCAGCUCAUAGACACGUGCGCACAUGUGCAGUCCCAGCAACAGCGACUACCAACCCCCCUCCCCCCCACACCAACCCACCAUCCUCUCCACUCUACCACUACCCAAAACCCCUGCCAGAACCCCACAGGUGACCAGAGCACAAGCCGCCGCCUCCCUCAGAGCAGCGUUCUGAUUGGCUGAUUGAAUGUACACACUGCCUUUACCGGCUCUCUUUCACUCUCUCUCUCGUUUUUCUCCAAACGCGGAAUUUUGCCUUUUAGAUUCAAUUCGAUCAAUUUGAUUUCUCUCUCUCUCUCUCUCUCUCUCUCUCUCUUGUGUGAUCUGGUUACCUGUCGGACCGUUCUGACGCAGACUCGGUGCGAGCGUGAACGAUUCCGGAAAUCCUCCGCAGCACCGCAUAUCACCAUCAGCUGCGAGAGAAACGGCUGAGGCAUACAAACUCUUGUGCUACGAAUGGUGCUACGUGAAAAGAAACCCGACGGAAACGAGAAGCGCUUCUCGUCGCCGGGAAAGUGGGCCUUCCUUUAUACGGAAGUCUUUCCCACGGUGCAUUUUAUGGUGCGUCACAAAACGUCGGAAGCAGCCGAGCCGUGCUUCCGUCCAGCAGCUGCAACGUAGACAUCCCUCCUAGCGGUAACGAGCAAUAACUCCGAAUUUUUAUUUUAUUACCAUUUUUUAUUUUUUUCUCUCCCCCCCCUUCCCCUCGUUUUUCCUAGAGCCCCCCCCCCUUUUUUCCUCGGACGCCGUCCAAAAGAGCAAAAUCCAACUUGCUUUUUUUUUUUUUUUUUUUUUUGUAUAUAAUACAUAAAUAGUUUAAUAAAUUAAGAAAAGGAGUUUUAAAAAGAAAAAAAAGAAGAAGAAAACCUAGAUACCUAUGGGUAGCCUCUGUUGCUGUUCGUCUUGUGUUUUAUUUUGUGCAUUUUAAAUUAUAUUUUUGGAAAGAUACACACCUAUCCUUCUCAGAUUGCUCUGACCGAGUGGCAUGGACAGUAUUACACUUCUGCUCCACCAUUUAUUUUUAUUUUUUUAUUUUUUUUUCCCCAUUCUGACCAAAAUGGAAGGAAAACAAAAAAAAAAAAGUCUCACUGACGGACGCCGUCGGCAGCGGGACGCCCGAGCGCUGGACCUCACACACACUUUUUAUUUAUUAGCUAUCUAUCAUUUAUUCUAAACCCCCCCUCCCCUUCCUCUGUGUGUGUGUGUGUGUGUGUGUGUGUGUGUUCCCCUGUUGAAGCUGACAGGCAUUCCACCAGUGCUGAGCGAUUUCCACUCCUCCAUCAUCAGCUGACUUUAUUAUUUAUCAAUGGAAGGAAGUCAUAUUUAUUCCUCUUCCCUGUUUUGUUUUCCUCUCUCUCUCUCUCUUUUGUAUUUUUUUUAUUUGGAUAUUAUAUAACCCAUCCCGAGCUGUGUGUGUUUCGAGCGCUCGACUGAACACGGUGCUGUUUAUCCGACACCAGGCCAAACCGCCCACGAACACCGCAUCUCUGUUUCUUGAAGAAAGAAUCUUUAUUUAAAAAAAUUUCAUUCUUUCCACCUACUUGGUUCUUUACCCCCUUUUAAUCUGCACUUAAAAUAAAGGACCCACGUUGAGACGACCAUGUGCUUCCUGACACACACACACACACACGAGCAGGGAUCUGUUCAGCAACAUCCAGUCUGCUCUCUAGUGCUGAUUUUGUUAUAUCAAACACCGAUCCUAAUUCAGCUCUGAGUGCAGUCGGGAAUGUUCGGGAUCACACAGAAGAGCGGGAAGAAUUCCGAUCCGAGAUCGGCGUUCCUGCUCUUUCGGAACACAACAGGGAAUUUUUUUUUUCC